AUGUAUGAAAAUAAAAUAGUACCUCUUCAAAUGGAUAGACGAAAAUACUUACAGAGUUGUAUUGAAAAUAUGUCUAUAACCUUUGUGUUAUUUGGUACUAUAAAUAUUUUCUUUAAUUUAUUGAUAAACCUUAUAAAUAUAGGAAGAAUAAAUUACGAGCAUUUUUUUAAAUUAUUUUCCAUUACCUCUGGGUUAUGGAUUGUUAUAAUUUUAGUACAAAUUACAAGUUACUUAUUUUCGUCAGGAUUUUUCGAAAAAUUGGCUACUAUAUUUUUACAUGACAAUGAAAGGAAUAAGGGUGAUACCUGGAAUAUUAAAAGCAUUGGGAUGUUCUUAAUUAAUAUUAUAACACUUGGAUGGUUGUCCAUUUUUUCCUUCUAUGGAAUAUUUUCAUAUAUAACAAAUAGCUUCGAUUUAAUAAAUAAUUUUAUGCUUUCCACAACUAUUUUAAAUUUUUCAGUAAAUUUACUUUUCGUCCUUAACCAA